GCGGCGGCGGCUCUGCCGAGGUGACAAUGUGCUAGGAUCCCUCGCAAGAUCUCCGGUGCUUCCUCGGCCUGGGCGUCCGCUCUCGGCGCGCUCGCGGAACCCUCCGGCCGCCGCUGCGCUAUGAGGGAGCCUCUCUGGGGCUGGCCGAGGCCGGAGCCGGCUUGCUCUGCUGGCGGGGAAGUGUGAAGAGAGGCGCGGGCGGGAGCUGCGUGCGGUGCUCGCGGGCCGGCGCGGGUUCCAGGUGAGCGCGGGCUCCGCGCGCCCGGCACUCGGCUCAGCCCCCGGCGCCUGCCGAGCUCCAUCGGAGGCUGAAUCCCGUGUGUGGAUUGCCGUUUCCUCUUCGCGGGAUCCUUGGCCACAAUAGCAGAUGCAUUUUGUGGGAGCGUUUUGAGAAUGAAUGUUUGUGUAUCAUUUUGAAGUUGCCAAGUGCCACAUACAUGGAAUGCAUCCUGCUUUUAUCUUGGAGUUCAUCUCUGUGGCUUGGAUUUAUCACAAUAGCAUUUGCCUUCCAACUGUGUGUUAACUAGAAAUCAAGAAAGACAUGAGGAGAUUUGUUUACUGCAAGGUGGUUCUAGCCACUUCGCUGAUGUGGGUUCUUGUUGAUGUCUUGUUACUCCUGUACUUCAGUGAAUGUAACAAAUGCGAUGACAAAAAGGAGAGAUCCCUGCUACCCGCAUUGAGGGCUGUUAUUUCGAGAAACCAAGAAGGGCCAGGAGAAAUGGGAAAGGCUGUGUUGAUUCCUAAAGAUGACCAGGAGAAAAUGAAAGAGCUGUUUAAAAUCAAUCAAUUUAACCUUAUGGCCAGUGAUUUGAUUGCCCUUAACAGAAGCCUGCCGGACGUAAGGUUAGAAGGAUGCAAGACAAAAGUCUACCCUGAUGAACUUCCAAACACAAGUGUAGUUAUUGUGUUUCAUAAUGAAGCCUGGAGCACUCUCCUGAGAACAGUGUACAGCGUGAUAAAUCGUUCCCCACACUAUCUGCUCUCUGAGGUCAUCUUGGUAGAUGAUGCCAGUGAAAGAGAUUUUCUCAAGUUGACAUUAGAGAAUUACGUGAAAAAUUUAGAAGUGCCAGUAAAAAUUAUUAGGAUGGAAGAACGCUCUGGGUUAAUCCGUGCCCGCCUUCGAGGAGCAGCUGCUUCAAAAGGGCAGGUCAUAACUUUUCUGGAUGCACACUGCGAAUGCACAUUAGGAUGGCUGGAGCCCUUGCUGGCGAGGAUAAAGGAAGACAGGAAAACAGUUGUUUGUCCUAUCAUUGAUGUGAUCAGUGAUGACACCUUUGAAUAUAUGGCUGGGUCAGACAUGACUUACGGGGGUUUUAACUGGAAACUGAAUUUCCGCUGGUAUCCUGUUCCCCAAAGAGAAAUGGACAGGAGAAAAGGAGACAGAACAUUACCUGUCAGGACCCCUACUAUGGCUGGUGGCCUAUUUUCUAUUGACAGAAACUACUUUGAAGAGAUAGGAACUUACGAUGCAGGAAUGGAUAUCUGGGGUGGAGAGAAUCUUGAAAUGUCUUUUAGGAUUUGGCAAUGUGGAGGCUCUUUGGAAAUUGUGACUUGCUCCCAUGUUGGUCAUGUUUUUCGGAAGGCCACUCCAUAUACUUUCCCUGGUGGCACUGGUCAUGUCAUCAACAAGAACAACAGGAGACUGGCAGAAGUCUGGAUGGAUGAAUUUAAAGACUUCUUCUACAUCAUAUCCCCAGGUGUUGUCAAAGUGGAUUAUGGAGAUGUGUCAGUCAGAAAAACACUAAGAGAAAAUCUGAAGUGUAAGCCCUUUUCUUGGUACCUAGAAAACAUCUAUCCGGACUCCCAGAUCCCAAGACGUUAUUAUUCACUUGGUGAGAUAAGAAAUGUUGAAACCAAUCAAUGUUUAGACAACAUGGGCCGCAAAGAAAAUGAAAAAGUGGGUAUAUUCAACUGUCAUGGUAUGGGAGGAAAUCAGGUAUUUUCUUACACUGCCGACAAAGAAAUCAGAACGGAUGAUUUGUGCUUGGAUGUUUCUAGACUCAAUGGACCUGUAAUCAUGUUAAAAUGUCACCAUAUGAGAGGAAAUCAGUUAUGGGACUAUGAUUCUGAGAGACUCACCUUGAGACAUGUUAACAGUAAUCAAUGUCUCGAUGAACCUUCAGAAGAGGACAAAAUGGUGCCUACCAUGCAGGACUGUAGUGGAAGCAGAUCUCAACAAUGGCUCCUAAGGAACAUGACCCUGGGGGCAUGAAGACCCUUCCCCUCAAGCCAUGAAAGUGUCUAUGCUUUUGUUUUUUCAUUAUUUCAAUUAGGGAAAAAGAUUAACUUCUUUGAAUUGAGAGUUUUAAAAAUCCUUUUAGCAUUCUAAAACACAGUUGUUUAUAAUUUAUUUUUAGGAAUGUUUGCUUAUUUCCCUACUAAAAUUUGUAUCUCAUCAAAGAAGCACAUAAAAAAAUACAAACAAGAGCAAACCAUUAUUAAAUAUCAGAACACCUUGAAAAUCAAAUUGUGUUUGCUUCAAAAAAAAUUUGUAUUGCCCUCUUGUUAUAUGGUUAGUUAGGGGUUCUUUUAUUUUUUGUUGUCAUAGUAAUCGAAAGAAAGAUAAUGUAAAUGCCUUAUAAAAUGACUUCAUUAUGAAAUAUUAUCGAUUGCUUUAUAAACUCACCUUUCUACUAGAGACUUCAUGGAAACAUGUUGAAUUUCUACUUUGACAACAGGGCCACAUAUUGGAUUAUUUCUAAACGAUGAAUUAAUCUUAUAAAAUGUUCGUUCUAAAUUUUAUACCAGGAAAAAAAUUAAAUUGGAUAUUGAACUCAUAGAGUCUUUACAAAAGCAUUGCAUUUAAACAAAUGUGAAUUUAAAACAGAGAACUUGAAAAUUCAAUGUAAAGUACAUGAAAUAAGAAAGUAACAAGGCAUUGAGGAGAAAAAGGUGAAGCUAAACUGCAACAUAAAUCAUUGUUGAGAGGUACUGUGGCUGGUUUGGAAUCAUUUCUAGUAUGGGCUAAAGCUAAACAAUCUCUCUCUGCAGAGCUGGCAUCAGAAAUGCAAUCCUUAACUGCUAGUGUUGUUUCCAUAAGCUCCACCAUCCCUUUUCUCUUUAGACUACAGCUUGCUUCUUAUGCUGUAUGGAAUUGUAGGCCAAGUAGGGAGCUUUAGACAUAUUUUUUAACUAUUGCAUUUAAAUUUGAGUUACGUCUCUAUUGUCCUUUUAGUUUUAUGUUUUUUAAAAAGAAUACAUUACUAUUGGAAUUUCAUUGCUAUGCUACAACAUCUAAUGUUUUCCUCAUCCGGGGAAUACACUCAAGACACAAUCUAAGCUUUUAUUUUAAUUAAACUACUGGAUUCAUUUGCUAUCAACUAUGACCCAAAGAUUACAGUCAUAGUUAAGCUAGCUUCGCAUGUUUUUUUUUUUAUCUUAAAACCUUAUGUGUUCAAAAUACAUGAUCGCCAGACAUGAAAAGGAAAAACAAUCAGUGAGAUUGUUAUUAAGUUUUUGCUUUUGACAUCAUUUUUAAAUUCCCAUAAAGUUUGCCAUAUAUAUGUAUUUUAUUCAUUAUAAAUAAACUCAGCGGCUAAGUGAAAUGUGGAGGGGGGACGGAAGACGUGUUCUCUAAAGUGGAAGAUUCCCCGUCUUUGGUUGUCAUUUUUAUUUAAAGAGCUUUUAUUGAAAGUAUUAAUCACUUUCAUUAUACACAAAUUCAUUCUCUCUCUCUGUCUCUCUCUCUCUCUUUCCCACCUACAAUGCAUACGCAGAACUUUAUAAUGAAAAAGAGGACAUUUUCUGAUGACAAGCCAAAUCUUGAAUGAUUUUCCUAGCUGGCAUUUGUGCUCUUUUGACUUUAUAUUACUACAACUCUAGGGAAUACUUUGACAACCUGGAGCAUUUUGGGUUUGCUUUUUAAAGUAUAGAUAUCUCUCACAGCAAAGUCUCUGGAAGUCACCAAAUCUAAAAUUAUAAGCAAAAUUUUGAAUGUCAGAGCAUUUUUAUUCUGAGGAGAGAAUCUAUAGCUUACAAGAAGCUUAGAAAGAAAGUUGUACCUCCCCAAAGAAAAAACAUUUCCUUAAAUUGAUAAUGGUCUCCCAAGUCCACUAAGGUAUGAUUUAUCAAUCCUGUUUUUCAUCUGUUUCUCCCCUCUUUUUUGUCCUGAAUAAAAUAAGGGGAAAUAUGGCCUGGCACAGACUCCUUCUCAAACUUAAAAAGCUUAAACUCUCCAGGACUAUUUUAAACAAUAUGUUCCACUUUAUUGUUGGUUUGUCAGUCAAAACGCAUGUUAUUGAGAAACGGUCAAUGGCAAAUUUUUAAAAAUGGCUACUCCAUCACAGCUGAAUUUGAAGCAUUUUUAGCAGCAUUUUAAAUAUUUGAAAGUUCAUUGUGGUCAUAUUGAAAAUAUAUUAAAAACUAAAACUGUAAGAGUUUCAUUCUAAAGAAGAAUUUUCAAAGGAUCUUCAAACAAUUUCAACAGGUAUCAUUAUAGUGUCUAACAAACUAAAAAUUUGACAUUAAAUUUUACAAAAUACCCCAAACCAGAAAGCAAUGACUAACAUUCAUUUUUUAAAAAUAUUUUUUGUCUUCUAUACAGUUAACACCACAAUUGGCCUCAUAAUGCAUUUGUCUUACACAUCUCUCAUACAUAGAGCUAGACUCAAGGAUAUUUCAAAUUAUUUCAAACCAUGGCCUUCUGUGCUCCUCCUUGUCUCAGUCAGUGCAACUUCAACCUCCCAGAUGCUCAGGUCAAAGAUCUACAGUUACUUUUGACUCCAUGCUUUCUAUUUCAACUUUUACUUAUCCAACAGCAAAUUCCCUUGAUACUAUCUUCAAAAUAUAACUAGAAAUGAAUAACUUGCCACCACAUCCACUGGGUGUCACUACCUCUAACAUUUUUAAUUGCAAUAUGUUUAUCAUUGCCCCCUCUUUACUUCCUAAUUUUUGUCCUAACAGUCUUUUCUCAAUACAAUAGCCGUAUUAAUCUUGUUAAACAUUAAUUGUAUGGUCUAACCUUUCUGCUCCCCAUCUUCUAAUGAAUGACUUUUCUUUUUCCCCCCAGUAGCCUUCAAGGUCCUUCAUGACACCUCUCUUCAUACUCAUCCUCACAACCUCCCCUGUCUCUCUCACGGCAUACACAGACACAGACACACACAGACACACAUUCUGGCUCCAUCUCUUAUCUCUUGACAUCCCAUUUCUUAUUUACUUCACUUUGGUUCCCAAGCACAUCUUACCUUAGAGUUUUGUUCUCUCUGUCCCAUAGAACCCACUUUCUUAAGUCUCGUCUAAAUAUGAUCUCAUCAGUAACACAAACCCUACUCCUGCCUACCCUCCAAUCCCCUGUACCUCUGAAAAACUAUAACUUUGCAUCCUGAUUUCUGUCAACUCUUUUAUCUCCCCAUUCCCCAACACUCCCAUCACACAACCUAAAAUGUAAGUCCCAUAAAGACGGGAGUUUUGUCACUUUUCUUCACUGUAGUAUCCCCAGCAUCUAGCAUAGUUCUUGGCACAUACUAAGUAUUCCUUUAACAUUUAUAGAAUUAAUAAAUUGAAAAAUGGGUGUUAAAAUUGCUAAGUGUGAUUGUAUCAUACCUUUUGUUUUAAAUUUUAAAAUGUAUUUAGACAGGAUUUCCAUAACUGUCUCUCCAAAUGACAUUUUUCUUUCUAAUAUUCUUCAUAUUAACAUGUGGACUACAUGUUGUCUCUGUGCUAAAAUAUCCUGCCUUAGGGACAUAAAAUAGACAUUUUAUUAAAAUGCUGCUAUAUAUUAUAUAAGUUGCUUCAUGAAAACUAAAAAUAAUUUUUUUUUGGUUGUGUGCAAUGGCCACCUGAAGGUGUAAGAUUCUGACUUUUAGAAGAGAGAUUUAUUGUUCUCUUAAAAUCAUAUGUAUUUUCAUGCUUUCAUAAGAGCUAUUGAUAAAUUUAUUUUCUAAGUACAAGUCAAUGAAGGAAACACAAUUUUAGAAUCUUUAAAGGACUUUACAGAUGAUCUAUUCUUAGUUUCUCUGUUUAUAGAUAAUGAGACUGAGACUCAGAUUUGUAAUAUAGCUUGCACAGAGACCAUAUAGCUACAGGAACUAUAGGACUCCUCAUUGUUAAUAUAAACUUAUACUAUCAUUCAAAAAGAUUAUAGAAAUGGAACAAUAAUGGGGAAAAAAACUUCAUUAAAUAUGUUGGGAUCAGGACCUUAAUUUUUCAGAAGUACUUAAAAUCUUACUACCUUUCAUUUUUAAGUAAAAUUAGUUCCAUAAAAUAAAAGCACAGGCCAUAAGUAAAGACCUGCAGCAAAAGUAAAGAAAUUACCAGGAAAUAGCAUGAUUAUAGGGACAUCCUAAAAUCACUGGGAAACUGGCUUUCAGGGAAGCAAAGACUCUUCAGCAUUAACUAAUGGAAAAUACUCUCUACUCACUGUCGUUUUCCUUACAAUUAUCUUCACUUUUAAAGUAAGGUUAGCCUACAGCUUACACAGAGAAUUAGACCAUCAAUUACUGUGAACACUGGGUAAGUUCUAUUUUAUGCAGCUUCAAACACCGCAGGAUAAUCAGUGGAGAUUUCUUUACUUCCCAGUGGAGCUCUGUAGAGUGUAGUAAAUGCAACCUACAAAUUUGAUUCUUCCAUAGUGCUUAGAAAUGGCCUAAUAAAUACAAAGAAAAAGAAAAGGAAAGACAGAGGAAAAAAUAACUACCACAAUAAAACAACAGCAUCGUCUUUGCAUUUUUAAAAAAAGAAUUGGUGGGAGGCUAGAAACAUAAUACGAAUUUGUUCCAUAAACUUCAAAAUAUUGGCUCCCUCCCUGCACUGUUUCCACCACUUGAGAAAUGAUGAUCUUAUCUGAUCACAUUUUACUUGCAUCUCAUUUAUAGAUGCUACAUCUACUCUAGAAGGAGGCAAAAUAUGUUUGCAUUCCUAAGUUACAAUGUAUAUUGAUUUCACAAAUAUGAAGAAUUUAAGAAACUCAAGACCUUAAAGGAUGUGUCACCAUCCACAAGCUGUCAUCUGCAUAGCAGAAAAAAUUCAAUUAGGUCUUAAAAUAACCUUGUGUUUCAGGAUUCAGCUGAAGCCCAUUUCCCCUAAGAUGUUAAAGUAUGGAAUAGAUAAAAUCAGCCACUCUAUGUACAGUACAUGGACACAUCUGUCGUGACUAUACUAUGUUCAAACUGCUAUUAAAUAUAAGCUAUUGUAUGGAUUUAAGGUGUUGAAUGAACACCAGCAAUGUGUAAUUUGUGUAAAUUUGUGCCCAAAUUUGUUUUAUAUUGUUCAAUAAAUUCUCAAGGCAACUUUCAUUGUAUUUGUUUGAAAAAAGAAAAAUCCCUCUGAAAUACUAGUGUUCAGGGCAGCUCGUUUGUUUACUAUCUUUUAAGAUAAAGACCACUUCUAUGAGACUUCUGUCAUCAUUAUGUGAAGCUGUCACUUUGUUUUUGUUUUUAGCUAGGAAGAACAAUUCACUUAAUAUUUUGUUUCUGUUGAGUUAGAAUGAGAAUGGGAAAUUAGAUGAUUAAGACGAUAUCUAUAAUGUUUUUAAAAAUGAGAUUUUCAUCCUGCAUUCAAUCUGUGUAAAAAUGAGCGUGAGCUGCUGCUUGGUUCCAGUUGUACUUUCAGCUAAAAAUAGCACAAGCAGGGGAGAAAAAAAAGGACUUGAUGAUCACAUAGUUUUUUUUUUAAGCUUUUGUUUAUUUUAGUCAGUGUAGCCACAGCUAGAAAAAAAAGUAAUUUCAAAAAUGUUUUAGAUUUAUGCUUGACACAUGGUUCUUUCACAUCUAUAAAAGUAGACUGUGCAUAAAGAAUGACACAUUUUAAAUAUUGUAAUCAUUACUAAAUGGUAUAAUUGUUCUUUUGCUGUAAAUUUAAAUAUUUAUACAUUUUUGUAGAAUUAAAAUAUGCCAAUUUAGUUUUCUUUGGUAUAUGUUGUCUUUUUAAAAAAAAAAUUGUUAGCAUUUCAAAUAG